AUGCCUCCGCCAAUGCCGAAUCCGUCGAAGCGCAUGACAGCGAAUCCUGCAAGACCUGUUGCCCGUUACCGUCCUGGUAAGGCUGUUCAAGAGGACACCUCUUCCGAGGAAGAUGUGUCUGAGGCUGAAAGCGAAAAGCAGUCAACGCCAGGGCCAGCGCAACCAAGAGCCAGCUCAUUCCCGGCUGGAGCCCAACGCCGCCAAGUGCCUGCCCAGAGCGCACGGAAAGAAGAGAGCGAAGACGAGGGUUUCGUGACAGAGGAAGAGGACGAAGGCGAAGCCAAUGGAGUGUCUCUACCAGCAGCACAUGUUGAAGGUCAGGGUCGCAGAGUUGUCCAAAAAUCCACCACGUCUGCUAUCUCUAGAACUACAGAAGCGGAUGGGAUAAGUUCUACAGAGGAGGUAGGCUCUGAAGACUCCGAGGAAGACUCCGAUGAAGAGGAAGAGAGUAGUUCGGAAGAAGAACCCCAUCGAAAGUUUCAACGACCAACAUUCAUCAAGAAGUCAGAUAGAGGUAAAGUCGGUUCAACGAACGCAGAUCUAUCCUCUAAUGCAGCUACGAACGGUGUUGUCAGCGCCUCUCCCGCCAUAGAUAAGAUCCAAGCCGAUGAGUUACGUCGCAAAGAAAUGGCAGACCUGAUGAUCAAAGACAAACUUGAACGGGACGCCGCAGCCCGAGCCGCGGGACGCAAAGGAUGGGAUGAUGAUGAUGAAGUUGCUGCUGAAGACAUGGUCGAUGACACCGACGGCCUCGAUCCAGAGGCUGAGUACGCCGCCUGGAAACUACGAGAGCUGAAGCGGUUAAAACGUGAUCGUGAAGCGAUUGAGCAACGCGAGAAGGAGAUUGAGGAGGUUCAGAGACGAAGAAAUCUUACCCAAGCGGAACGGGAGGCCGAGGAUCGAGAGUAUCUGGAAAAGCAGAAGGAGGAGAAGGAAGAUGGAAGGGGCAGAGCAGGGUUCCUGCAGAGAUAUCAUCACAAGGGAGCUUUCUUCCAGGACGACGAGACGGCAGAGAUCUUGAGGAAACGCGAUCUCAUGGGCGCUAGAUUUGUGGAUGAAGUGCAGAACCGAGAGGCCCUACCUCAGUACAUGCAGGUGCGAGACAUGACCAAGCUGGGCAAGAAGGGAAGAACAAGAUAUAUUGAUCUCAAAGGAGAAGAUACUGGCAAAUGGGGCCAGGGAUAUGAUCAGAAAGAGAGAAGAGGACCGAAGCCGAAUUUCGAUGUGGACGAAAGGUUCAGGCCUGAUCACGAUGGUGGUGCGAAAGGACCUACCGGAGCGAACGCAUCUGCUGUUCGGGAUAGAAGAGAUGGAACGGCGAGUGAUGCCCCGGGAGGACCACGAGCUAUGCGGAAUGGCGAUUAUGGCAGAAAUGGUGGUGAGGGGGCCGACUCAUAUCGCCUGGGCAGACAGUCUCGAACGAGGUCAAGGAGCGCUAGCAGACACCGAGAUCGAUACGAAGACGAAGAUAGCAGAAGCAGGCGAAAAAGAGGUCCCUCUCCAUAUCGAGACCGAGAUAAAAGACGUCGAGUCGAUGCAUUGUGA